ACUGAACAAAAUGGCAAAAGGAAGUUGACUUUUUCGGUGUGUUGUUUAUUCUCGUGUAAUAUUUAGACGUUAUGUGUGAUUAUCAUUAGAAAAUGACUGCAUAGAGAACGGGAAGGAGUGUUAUCCCUUCAUACGGAGUGACAGUUUAGAUAGAGACGGAUUUCAUGUGUGAGUGACAAUGAAUGAAACUUCAUUUACACCGAACUAAUUCUUCAAUUCAAGCAGGUCAUUUUUGUAUUUGUGUAAUUCAUUGAUGGAAAUUAUUGUUUUAUUAAUAUUUGUUCAAGUGUCAUUUAGAGACGUAUACAUCACCAAAUGCCUUAUCAAAUAAUCGACAUAAACAUGACAUCUGUCAACUCAAUAAAUGCUGAAGAUUUAGUAAAGGACAUAAGAGACAACAAUUCAUUCUUAAUUUUCGACUGUAGAGCACAGUCCGACUUUGCCCGCUCUCAUAUUAAAGGGGCAAUUUCAAUAUUUUUACCCAGUCUUAUGCUACGGCGUUUAAAAACUGGAAAGUUGAAUAUACAGUGUGUGAUUCAAAAUAACGAAGCCAAGGAUAAGUUCAGUCGGCUAUGGGAAACACAUCCUAUUGCGUUGUAUGACGAGAAAACAGACCCUGCUACUUCGUCACCAACGAGUGUGAUUGGUUUGUUGUUCAAGAAAUUAAAACAGGAUGGUGCGCACCCAGUGUUCGUUAAAGGUGGGUUUCGAAGUUUCGAGGAGAAUUAUCCAGAAUUCUGCGAAGGGGAAGACUCAGACGAGGCAGCUGACAAGGAGACGUGUAUCACGGGUCUUUGCAAUCUUAAAAUAUCCGAGGAUUCCGCUUACGGGACGUGUGACUCUGAGAACGGCGACCCGGAUUCACCGUCAUCCAAUGUUCCGGUGGAGGUUAUCCCGCACUUAUUCCUUGGCAAUGCCAAAAAUUCUGCGGACCUUAAUGUGCUAAAAAAUUGUGGUAUAACUUACAUUUUAAAUGUUACCCCAAAUGUGCCAAACAAAUUCGAGGAGGACAAUACUUUCAAAUACAUGAAAAUACCCAUUACCGAUCAUCUUUCACAAAAUUUAUCAAGAUUUUUUCCACAGGCAAUAGCAUUCAUAGAUGAGGCGCGAGAUUUGAAGCAAGGCGUUCUAGUUCAUUGCCUGGCGGGCGUCAGUCGCUCAGUAACCAUAACCGUCGCCUACCUGAUGCAGACGAAGAAACUCUCGCUGAACGCGGCGUACGACUACGUGAAAACGUGCAAACCAAACAUAUCGCCCAACUUUAACUUCAUGGGACAGUUGUUGGAAUUUCAGCGCAGUCUGGGUACGGCCAUCAAGUGUUCGUGCGGACAGGGCGAGAAAUGCUCGUGCUCAGAAAUCAGUCACCUGAUCUCCGGAGAAUGUUCUCUGAAUAGCGUGUGAUACAACCCUCCUCUCAUAAAGUCGCUAGUUAUGCAGUUGCCAUCUUCAGCUCUCAUUCUUUAUUAUUCUGGAAUGAAGAAUGAUUCAGUUCAUUAAAAAUGCCCCAUUACUCCCCACUACAAAAUGAAAAUCAUGUGUAUAUAGUUAUACAUAAGUCAUAGUACAAAUAUACUGUAGAUGUACUUUCGUUUAGUUUUUAUAUAAUUUUUAUAUGAUUAUUAAUAUAUGUUAACAUUUGUAUACAUGUUUCAAUGCAGCUGGACUACUGAUUACAGACAUGUCUGUGAAAAUCCAUGUGGACAUUAAUGUACUUUUUUACCUCACCUGAGGACAAAAUCCUUGUGGGGAGCUUUUAGGAUACCUUUUUGUCUGUCCGUUCAUGAGUGUGUCUGUUUGUGCAUAUAUGUUAACCCUUUCCCACUUAGAGCCAAAAUGGAAAUAUCCAAACAGCAUAAAACCAGAACAGCCUUUGAGUAACUCGCAGUCUGUUCAGGUUUUAUGCUGUUUGCUGCUCUAUUUAAGGUUUGGAGAUAAAGCCUUUAAAACUUGAGUCUAGUAAGAAAUGUCUUAAAUUAUGUAUAACUUUCUAAAGGACUACAAAUGCCUGAAAAUACGUAUCUAAGUGAUAAAGGGUUAAUAUUUGCUUCUAACAUUUUUUACUUCUGAACCGCUUAGCAGAUUUGAAUUUUACUAUACAGAAAUGAUCCUUGGCAAACACUCUUUGAAAGUUUUUCAAAUUGUUCUGGUCUAUGUUAUAUGAAGGUCACCAACCCUGAAAAUAGAGUGACUUUGGGCCUAUGGCUCUCUUGUGUCAUUAAAUUUAUAAUGACCAUUCUUUUUUACAAUUGAUUGAAAUGUACUUUUACUAAUUCUAUAAUGUCAUAGAACUUAUUCGUUCCCUCAUUUACUAAGCAGCUCCAUUAAUAGCUCAACUGUCGUAAUGUGAUCUCAUUGCAGUGUAAUUAUUAUAAAUAAUUUGUUAGUGCAGAGUUAAAAUAGCAAACAGAUGGCCCAGAGUAGAUUGCCUGAAUGAACGAAAGCUGAUUCCUAAUAAAAAAGACCCAUUCAAUGUUUGUCUCCAUUGAGAUGAUUACAGCUGCCAUAAAGAGCUUAUUAUUACAGUAUGAAUAUGUUAAUUGACAAUUUAUGUAAUUUUAAUUCUAGAAAACAACUGGGUCAAAGUAUUCAAACAAAGCAUAUCUAUAUCAGAAAAUCCUGUGAGUGUAUACAGUUUUAUAAUUGUGAGAUAUUUAAUAAUAAUAGCGGCAUUAAGAUGGUGAUGAUGUUCUAAGAUUUUAUUGUGCUAACCUGUUUUGUUGUUGUUCAAUGUGUAUAUUCCAGCAAUCACACACCAACGCCUAAACUUCCGUUUUUUGUAUUGAACUUAUCAUUAAAGUAAUGUCCUUUGAUAGCUUGAUUGAUCCAAGUUUCUAAUUCAAUUGGGCAGUGCUCUAAGAAAAGGGGGUUUAAUGCAUGUGCAUUAAGUGUAAAAUGUCCCAGAUUAGCCUGUGCAGUGGGCGGAUGCUAAUCAGGGACAACACUUUCUGCUUUUAUGAUAUUUUUCAUUUGAAGAAAGUCUUUUUUAUCAAAAUUCCAGUUAAGGCGGAAAGUGUUGUCCCAGAUUAGCCUGUGCAGACUUCACAGGCUAAUCUGGGAAACCACUUUACACACGUGCAUUAAACCCCAUUUUCACAGAGCUUGGCUCAAUUAUAUUUUGUCCUAUAUAUGAUAUCAUGAUGUUAUUAUCUUGUUAUAAUGUACAGUUUUGUUCUGGCAUUGUGAGACUUAGUGCUAUGUUUUGGCAUUGAAUUUGGUGCAAAUAAAGCUUAAAAUUAUAUCCCUGUAUACACAGUUUGAAGGGGUAUGUUGGAGUCACUCUGGAGGUCGGUCGGUUGGUUUGUUUGUCCACAUACAAUAUUAUAAGAAUAUUUAGAAAAAAACUUUCACAUUUCUCAUGCAUUUAAAUUGACGAUGUUCAAGCCCAUUUGUUCAUGCCCAUUGAUCCAUAUGUUUUGAGUUAUUUCCCCUGAACAUAGCUAACAAAGUUCUUGUUUUUAAUAAACCAAACUGAGCGAAAAGAUGCGGUUGUGCGUUACAAGUUCCAUGUACUGAAAUCAGAUCCCAUUUCAUAGUUUCCAGCAGUGGUGUACAACUGUGAGAAUUAGUGUAGCCCAAAAUCAAAACCCUUGUUAAUGACUGUGGAUCAUGAAUUCAAGAUCCUUACCCAAGAUUGUAACACAAGAAUUUUACCCUAGAUGAGGAUCCAAGAUCAUAAUUCUAGAUAGUAUAAAACCAUAGAUUGACUGCUGAAUGUUCUAUGCCCAUGUUGAUGAGUAUCCAAUUAGUAAUUCAUGUCCUGUGUUACGUCAUCUAAAGGAACAAAAUUACCAAAGAAUCCUUGUAUGGUGUAUAUGGGCCUUGCUCUUGGAAAAUGGAGUUUAAUGCAUGUGAGUAAAGUGUCAUACCAGUUCAGCCUGUGCAGUCUACACAGGCUAAUCUGGGACAAAACUUUUUGUUUAAAAAAAGUUAUCUUUUACAUGUAAAUGAAAAUUCAGUAAAAAUUCGAAAUAUUAAUGUCAACCUUAGCAGUUGGCUUAUGCUUUGGUUGACAUUACCAUCACCUCGAGCUGGCGAUACAUUGGAUAACCCACUAUGGGGUGUACUAUUUAUGUAAAGUUGUUAACAGUUUUAAAUAUGGCUUGUAUUCAAUAAGAUAUUUGACAAUGUUUGUAAGGGUAUUAGUAUGUGAUUCAAUUUGUAAUACUUGGUAUCUUACAUGUAUAAAUGUAAUUGCAUUGGUAUGACUGGGAGCUUAUCUUGCUGCAUCAUUAACAGUUUAGAAAAUUCACAAAUCUUUUGACCAUUUUAAACAAUUUUCUGACCGUAGUCUAGGUUUUUCAUGUUAGUAAAUUACUCAGACAUCUUCUUGUGGAGAUUCAUUGUUAAGUUGAAGGGAGGCAACUCAAAAUACAGUUUUAAAUUGCUUUUUACUUUAUGAACAUACAUAUAGUAAUAAUUUACUUGACUUGAUAUAAGAACUAUUGACAAAAAAAUAUGCAGCUUAUAGCAGAAGAAAAAAGUAUUUUGUAAUUAAAUUUAAUUAUUAUUACUUAAGUGAAAAACAAAAUGAUUUACAGAACUCUAUGUCAGAGUUUAUUAAAUGAACCUUAAGUCAUGGUAAAUAAAAAAUUAUCAGUGUUGCUGUGACUUGCUAUGAAAAUCUGUCUUGUUUAUUUUUCAGUCCAAUUAUGCAAUGUCAUAAACAUCAAAGCAAUUGAUCUCGCAUACAGUUUUUAUUAUGCCCCCGGUAGGGUGGCAUAUAGCAGUUGAACUGUCAGUCAGUCCGUCCGUGUGUCUGUCUGUCCGUCAGUCCAUCCGUCCGAAAACUUUAAUAUUGCCCAUCACGUUUGCAAUAUUGAAGAUAGCAACUUGAUAUUUGGCAUGCAUGUGUACCUCAUGGAGCUGCAGGUUUUGAGUGGUGAAAGGUCAGGGUCAUCCUUCAAGGUCAAAGGUCACAAAAACAAAAUCCAAGGGAAGUAACAACCUUUAAAGGGAGAGUUUCUAUUUUAUAUCAUUUGGCAGGUACAGAUAAUUUUCACAAAGGAAGUAAUAUUUUUUUAAGGGAUAUAAUACAAAUAUAAAUAAAUUUUAAUUCAAAGCGGUGCAGUAGGGGGCAUUGUGUUUCUGACAAACACAUCUCUUGUUCUGAGCUGUGUGAGGCAUUAUGUUAUCUAGUAUUUAUCUAGUAUUACCCAUUCAUAAUAGUAUUAAUUGCAUUCUCUCAUACUACAUGGAUAAUACUAUACAAGAUCAAGAUCAUAUAAUGUUCAGACAUGUAUUCAACUGUAACUCAAAUGGAUGCAUGCAAGAAACGAAUACUUUUGUUGCAAAAUAUUUGGUCAAAUAUGUUGAAUACGAACACUUUAACCUCGUAUGAAUUACCUUUACUAUCAAUGACAAGUGAUUGAGAGUUCAUGAAAUUAAAUAUGUUAAUGCUAAACAUUUAAAAAUAACAAAUUUUGCUUGUAAAAUGUAAGAAAAGUUUAUUUAAUUGUACUUAUGUUUUUUAUUGUAUUCUUAAUAGGCUGUUUAAUAUCCAUUGUUAGCAUCAUGGGCAUAAGUGUUCAGUGAAAGUAGGCCAUCUGAAACUUUACUUUUAAAAUAUCAAAUGAAUUUGAAAUACAUUAUCAUGAAAAAAUAUCUUCAAAUUUAGGUUUUAUAGAAUUUGGGAUAUAUUGGAUAUUUCGCUUUGACGUUUUCGCUUCUACAAAAUGUAAUUUGACAGUGCCAUUGUUUUGUAUGACCUUAAUGCUAUAAGUGUUUGUUUGUUUCAUUUUAUCUUUAAAAAAGUUUGAGACGGGGGCAUACAUGUCUUAAGCAUGUCUUACAAGCAUCACUGGUAAAUUCUACUGAACCCUUUACCCCUUAUAAAUGCAAUUUUAAGCGUUUGUAGUCGCUUUGAAAAUCUAAUUAAAUUUAAAAUCUUUUUACUAGAAUCAAGUUUUAAAAGUUUCAUCUUCAACCUAAAGAUACUGAUGAGCAGCAAACAGCAUAAAACCUGAACAGACAGUGAGUUACUGGCAGGCUGUUCUGGUUUUAUGCUGGUUGCCAUUUUCACUUAGCUUCUGAUGGGGAAAGGGUUAAGCCACUAGUUCUGUAGUUGAAUCAUGUGUUCUUAGCACAUCAUGUUCUGUUAACCAUGAACUGUUAUGUCAGGUAAAACAGUUAUGUCAGGUAUAUAAUUGGAAAACUAUUCUGAGCACUUGAGCUAACGACUGUUGUCAUUAUUGGGAUUUGAGUUUAUAGAAUGUUCGCCAUGCAAUAUGAGCUGCUUCAUGCAAAAAUGUGUCUUAUGCCAUUUGUGGCCAGCAUAGCUGCAGACCAGUGGCGCAGGGAAGCGAUGUACAGGCUGGUCAGGAGCUUUGCUGUCCGCUAUUAAGUAACGCAAGGUUUUGUGGUCUCAUUAGUGGACAUGGAAGCGUUGCGCAGGCUGGUCUGAGGGAAUGCUGACAUAUGGCAUAAGACCCAUUUUUGCAUGAUGCAGCUCAUAAUGUGCAUUUUAUUUUAAGUCAUUUUACUCAGUGUAUUGUACUGUGGUCCCAACAUAGUUUUGUGGAGUUAUUUUACCCAGUUUUAAGAUAUUUCUGCUGUCAAAAAGCACCUGUUUUUUUGUUUUUUUUAUUGACAAUGUGCUUGCAAUAGCAUUCUUAAUGACGGUGUAUAAUGUCAGUCAGUGUUUACUGUGUUCCAUACUUUUAGCAGAAUGAGUCGACAUAGCCCUGACAUUAACCUAGCUGCAUUUCAUUGUUUAGUAAUGAGAUAUUGAUGCACAUUGAAUGCAGCGUGAAUGAUGUAAACUUGAGGAUGUGGGGCGAUAUUGUAUUUCGAUCAAGUAAGAAUUCAUUACCAUAAUGAUCACAGCACACAUAUUAAUGCUGACCCUCUUCUUAAUUGCAUACAAUAUUAAAAUUUUGUAAUGAUAAGUUAACAAGGACAGAUUUUCAGUUUCAGUUCUAAGUUAUGCUGUAAUUACUCUGUUCACUGAUCAAACAAGAAUUUUUUUAAACAGAAUUCCAGUUUGAUUUCAACAGUAUACCGGUACUUGUUAUUGUUUGCUUGGUCAUUAAUUUUAAGCAUGAUUGUGUUAGUGUAAUUGUCCCCUACCGGUUUCACCGGAGGGGACUUAUGGUUUGCGCUCUGUCUGUCAGUCCGUCACACUUUUCUGGAUCCUGCGAUAACUUUAAAAGUUCUUAAUAUUUUUUCAUGAAACUUGCAACAUGGAUAGAUGGCAAUAUGGACAUUAUGCACAACAUUUCAUUUCAUUCCUACGUUUAAAUAAUCUGAAAAUGGUGGAAUUUCUGACAAUGGUGGAGCCGGUAGGGAACAAUAUUGCUUGACAAUAGCCGUGUUAAAUAAUUUUUUAUGUCCUUUUACUGUUGUUUUGGUCAUUCUUUCAGGCAACAUUCUUCAGAAUUUUAUGAAGUUAUAAAGGUAACUGACGUGUUUGAUAAUUUAAAUAUGAGCUUGUGAAAAGGGGGUUAAAUGCAUGUGUGUAAAGUGGCAUCCCAGAUUAGCCUGUGCAGUCUGCACAGGCUAAUCAGGUACGACACUUUCCACUUAAAGUGGAUUUUUUCUUAGAAAAGACUUUUUAUGCCCCCGGAUCGAUAGAUCGGGGUAUAUUGUUUUUGGCCUGUCUUUUUGUCUGUCAUUCUGUCCCAAAACUUAAAUAUUACAUGAAAGUUUUGCAAUAACUUUUGAAAUAUUGAACAUAGCAACUUCAUAUUUGGCAUGCAUGUGUAUCUCAUGGAGCUGCACAAUUUGAGUGGUGAAAGUUCAAGGUCAUCCUUCAAGGUCAAAGGUAAAAAAAAACAACACCAAAACUUUAAUAGUACAGAAAAGUUUUGCAAUACCGUAACUUUUGAAAUAUUGAACAUAGCAACUUCAUAUUUGGCACGCAUGUGUAUCUCAUGGAGCUGCACAUUUUGAGUGGUGAAAGGUCAAGGUCAUCCUUCAAGGUCAAAGGUAAAUUUAAAAAAAAGCGGCACAUUAGGGGGCAUUGUGUUUCUGACAAACACAUCUCUUGUUUUAAACAAAAAAUAUUAUAAAAGCAGAGAGUGUUGUGCCUGAUAAGCCUGUGUGGAAUACUCUGUAUAAAGACCAGGUUGUUCAGUGUUUGUUUGUUUUUCACCUUUAGGCAAUGCAAUGGAAUACAAAAGGGGCAUGACCUUUUUGUUGAUAUGCAUGAUAAAAAAGUUUUGCAGUCAUACAUUUCAUCAAUAAUAUUUUAUGCAUGCAGAAGCCUACUUACAGUACCAGGAAGAAAGGAACUUUAAAAGUACUUAUUAUCCAUUUGUUAAGUUAUCUUACAGCUGUUAUACAAUACGUUUGCUAACCAUGUGUACAGUCCUAUAUUGAGCUGUAUGCUAAACUGCACCAAUGUAAUAGCAUUGUUAAAACCAAAAGCACCAUUCAUCUUUAAAGAUAAGUAUGGGCCUCGCUCUUGGAAAAUGGGGCUUAACGCAUGUGCGUAAAGUUUUGUCACAGAUUGGCCAUUGCAGUUUGCACAGGCUGAUCAGGGACGACAUUUUCAACAUAAACUAAAUUUUCCCUAAGAAGAGACUUUUGUUGAGCAAACAAUACAAGAUAAAUACAAUAUCCCUUUGCAUGCUGGGAAAUUUGUUGUCUGCUAAAAUGUUGUCUGCUGAAUUUCUAAAAUUAGCAUUUUCUUCAAUUUUUUUCAAAGAAUAAUAUCAGAAUAGCCGUUCUGUGGCGUCUCAUCUGUAUCCAAACUGUUUGCAAAGGCCUUCAAAAUUCCGUUCCAGCACUAAAAGAGAUAUAAAGGAAAGAGUCGUCCCAGAUACGCCCGUGCUGACUACACAGGCCAAUCUCGGACAACACUUUACACUCAUGCAUUAAACUCCUUUUUCCCAGAUCGCGGCUCAUAUACUUCACAUAUUUGUUACUGGUAGCUACGUUUGUAGGUAGCUACGUUUGUAGUGUUGAAUUUAUUAAGUUUAUUUGUUAAAACAUGUUUUUUUAUCUUUUCAUCAUAAUUGUACUCUGUACAUAUGUGAACAUAAGAAAUAAACCUUAGGAGAACCAAAUGUCAAAA